UAAAGUUGAAUCACCUCUUUAUGACGAAAGUAUUGGAACCCCUGAAGAGAGCGUUCGUCGUAAAGAGAUGUUUGAUAUUAGUUAUGCUGUACAUCGUAUGGGAGAGGGAAAUGCACGAAAAAAGAAAAUCAAAGGACUGGAAAAGAGUGGUGGUCUUAAUCCAUUUAAAAAUCAACAUAAUAAUCUUAACGAUGAUUUUUCCAAUGAAGCACCGAGAUCAAGUGAAAAAAUUAUAUCUGUCGCAAAUGAACCCAUAAAAACGAUUUCUUCCAAUAAACAACAACAUAAAGAAGGAGUACAUAGACGUAAGGGUUUUGAUCUGAAUUUAGAAGUUGCAACAUUAAGGCGUAAGGCUCUAGUCGAACCUAAAGGCAUCUGA